AUGCAUUGUUUAGAUUCUGCAGAUGCUCAGGACAGAAAUGCAGUUCAUGAAUCAGACGUGUUUGUCCGGAAGGUUCUGUGGUUCAGGAGAGCACAGGAGCUGACGGAGCAGACGAGAGAGACCAAAGGGAGAGCACAGGAGCUGACGGAGCAGACGAGAGAGACCAAAGGGAGAGCACAGCAGCUGACGGAGCAGACGAGAGAGACCAAAGGGAGAGCACAGGAGCUGACGGAGCAGACGAGAGAGACCAAAGGGAGAGCACAGGAGCUGACGGAGCAGACGAGAGAGACCAAAGGGAGAGCACAGGAGCUGACGGAGCAGACGAGAGAGACCAAAGGGAGAGCACAGGAGCUGACGGAGCAGACGAGAGAGGCCAAAGGGAGAGCACAGGAGCUGACGGAGCAGACGAGAGAGACCAAAGGGAGAGCACAGUCGGUAAACGUGUCGGUAAACAUGUCAGUUCCUGCUUGA